CGUAGCGUUGUUUCCCCGUUGAUGUGAAGCCAUUAGUUCAGUGUGUAAGGGAGGUGGUGUAGAAGUUUCAUAAAUAUACGAUACAUUCAGCAUAUAAAAUGAGAGUUAAAACGGAGGUUAUGGACAAUGAUGACAAGGGGGUGAAGGGAGAUAUGGACCAAGGCUGUGGAAGGCACAACUCAUCACAUGUUCCCGAGAAGCUGUUUGUUGGAGGUUUAAGCUGGGAGACCACUCAAGAGAAUCUGCAGCGGUAUUUCUCCCGUUAUGGUGAAGUGAUUGACUGUGUUGUUAUGAAAAAUAGUGAAUCAGGACGAUCACGAGGUUUUGGUUUUGUCACAUUCUCUGACCCAGCCAAUGUUUCAUUGGUGUUACAAAAUGGACCACAUCAGUUGGAUGGGCGAACGAUUGAUCCAAAGCCAUGCAAUCCACGAAGUUUACAGAAGCCAAAGCGCAGCAACAGCUACCCUAAAGUAUUUCUGGGUGGACUUCCAUCCAACAUUACAGAGACAGACCUUCGGACAUAUUUUACACGAUUUGGAAAAGUAAUGGAGGUUGUCAUAAUGUAUGACCAGGAAAAGAAGAAGUCACGAGGAUUUGGAUUUUUGUCCUUCGAGGACGAUGAAGCAGUGGAUCGAUGUGUAGCGGAGCAUUUCAUCAACCUGAAUGGCAAACAGGUUGAAAUUAAGAAGGCUGAACCACGUGAUUCAGGCAAGAUGGGGGAUGGACCUCCUGGCCAGUGGGGACCCCCACAAGGUGGACCUCCAAUGGGCAUGGGUGGGGGUAUGGGCAUGGGCGGUCCUAAUGGACAAAUGGGUGGACCAAUGGGUGGUCCCAUGGGACCAAUGGGGCCUCCUGGCAACAUGAUGCAAGGUUACCAAGGCUGGGGUACUCCACCCCAAACAACAGGUUACCCAGGGCAUUGGGGUCCUUCCCCCUCCAAUCAGCCACCAGUUAAUGGAUAUGGCACUCCAUCUGGUCCAGGUGGGUACCAAGGCUGGGGUGCUCCUCCAGGACCUCAGGGACAACAGAUGCCACCACCUCAGUGGGGUUCCAACUAUGGUGGCCCUCCCCAACAGCAGGGAUAUGGCUCAUAUGGGCCCCCACAGGCAGGUCCACAGUCAGGGUAUGGGGGGAACUGGAAUUGGAAUAUGCCUCAGAAUGGCCCCCCAGCUCCUGGUGGCCCACCGGGACCCUCUCAAGGCCCCCCUGGCCCUCAGGGUGAUAUGUAUUCUCGUGGAUCAGCACCUGGUCCAGCUGCAUCGACACCUGCUGGACCUACAGCACCUGGGGGUUCAGCUGCAGGGCAGCAGAAAUCUGGAAGCGAGUAUGGCGGUGGUUACAGUAGUUACAGUGGCUAUCAGGAUUCAUCAAGCUAUGGUGGAGGAAGGAAUUAUGCUGGGGAUGGUACCAGUCAGACAGGGGGCAGUUACUCCGGGCAUCCACCUGUGCCAGGUCAGAGUGAUGCAGGUGUGGCGAGCUCAAGUUACACAGGGGGCCCAGGGCCACAGCGAGGAGGUAAUUACAGCCAACCCAGCCAACCCCCUGGCUUCCACCCAUACCGUCGCAUGUAAGUUGGAGUGGGUAGGACAAGACAAGGAGACUGUUCUGUAUAGACUAAGGAAAUGUAUGCACGUAUCAUUAAGGAGUUGCAGUAAAACCUUGUUA